GGUCCCAAGCCCGGCUGAAAAAGGAGGAGGGUUAAGAUUAAGAAUUUAGUCUUAUCUUGUAAAAUAUGUUUUGCUGGAUUGCUUAAAAAACUAAAGGUAUUCAAUAUAGGUCCAUUUAAGUUCUCCAACAGACACUUACCUGUUUAAAGUAUAUAUAAUUUUUAUUGAAUUACCAUUUUUGCAACAUACAAAUGUAUUUUAUAGGCACAAACUAAGUAUACUCAAACACAAUAUAUUCAACUCAAUGAAAUUUCAAGAAAGGAAAAUUUUAAACAAAAGUUUGUACAAGUGAUUUUUCGACCAUCUGUUGCAUUAACAUUAUCAAACUUAAAAUCCAAUGAAAUGAGAGCUAGCAUGUUAUUAAUUGUAAACUAAAAUAUCGUUUAAAUUUGUUUUCCCAUUCUUUUAUUGAACAUGUGUCAUCUGAGUGACCAAGUGACUAUUACUGGGCUUUCCCAAGAUGCUCUAGCCUCCAUACAGUAUAAAUUUUAAAGAACUAUUCACAUGAUUCAUUCUCCAUGGCAAUAAACAUUUCCAGGCCCCACUUUUGUUGAAAAAUUUUGUUAAUUAUUUAGGGGAAUCAUUUAAGCAUGACUGAAGCAGGCUCCUCUAAGGCAGUAAGUGGGCCCCCUUCUAUGAUUCUUUUUUCGAUCCGCCACGCACUAGGCAUUCCCAUUGUUUGAGGACCUUGUAAUUAAUAAGGAAAAUUUAACAAUUCAAAUUAAGCAAUCACAGCACUGAGCUUACCAACUCAGUCAUAAUUUACUAAGUGCCAGGUGUGAAUAGGGAUAUCAAAUCUGAUGCCCUGUGUAGGGUGAGUGCCAAGCUCUCUGCACGUUAAAGAACCCUUGCAACAACUCUUGUAGGGGUCUGUAGGUGGCCUGUUGCAAGGCAAAAUUCCUGAUCCUAUCCAACCUUUCUUAAUUUUCCAGUGGCAGUCAAAAUUCCAUGCCAUUUAUCUGGUGGAUCUACUUUAAGCUGAAUAUGACUAUCAUACAAAAAAAUACAUUUAUUAGUUGUAAAGGAGUAGGGCCGGUAAGACCCCUUGUUGGCCUAAAUAUAUAGCGUUUUUGCAAAUGUGUUAAAUUGUUAACUUUUAGUGAUUCUUUAAAAAGUAACAUGCUUUUUUUGAUAAUACAAUGGACAUGCUUCUGGUACUAGCAUCAUAAUUUUAGACCUAAAUCAGCCCUUACUGGACCUUCUCCUUUGUUCUCAUCCUUAAUUUGCAUUAAAUAUUAAUCACAAAACUUCAAGUAAGUAAUAAUCAACAAAUCAACAAACUAUGGUAAAAAUAAAAUUUAAUGUUUAUCAACCUACCUACAUUUAAAACUGAUUGAUCAAAACUUUAAAUUUAUGACAACCAUGACAACAAAAAAGAAAUACUCAUGUAAUAUUUUAUGGAUGCACAAUAUUACCCGUAAUGUUAAUAUUCUGCUCCUUUAUACUGGACGGGAAACACAGUCAAAAUCCAAAAGGAUGUGGAAAGAAAAACCUGAGCACUGGCCCCUUAAUAAACCAUUUUAUGACCCAAAAAACAAAUCACAAGAUGAACAUGGCAAGUCUAUAUCAAAUGAAGACCUCUUGAAAUGUUUGCUUGAUUGCUGCAAGCACAAAAAUGUACAAAUCAACUUCCUAUACCAGAAAGAGGUAGAUGCUUGGCGAGAACAAAAACAUGAACUGCUGAACAAGUUGUAUAUAUUCCGUAGGAAUACAGAGAAAAUCAAAUUAGCCAUACAAAAUAUGUUGUUUUGUAAAGAUUUUGGAGAAAUUAGAGCAGCUUUGAAAAAUAUUAAUGUUUGUCUGACUAUGGAUAAAACAGAAACAGACUUUCUCAAGAUUCGGUGUAAAAGCCAGUCUGAACUAGUAACUGAAAUUACACGCAAUCUUGCCACCAUUCUGUGUAAAAUUAUUAAAGGAAAAGAUCCAGAAGCAAAAUGUGAUGGUAUUUGGAAGUCUCCUCCUGAAAACUGGCCUUCAGUAGUUCAGUUUUAUAGUCCACACAACAGAGGAAAAUGUAAACAGACUGGCUCAGAUAAAGAACUUGUUUUGACUUUGAUUCAAAAUCCAAAAGCCAUAAUUCCUCAGAAAUAUCAGUCUUUAAUUACAACUUUUCAAAAAGUACAUGCAAAUACAUGUAAUUCAAAGGAAGUGAAAAAACAUAAAGAAACGUUGUGCAGAAUAUAUACCAUUCAGAAUAAUAUAUCAAUCAUUGACAAUGCACUGCAGACUAUGCAUGAACAGGGACUAUUUACAUCGAAUGUGCACAGCAUUUUAAACCAAUGGUGGACAACACAAACUCUUGAUCCUGAAAGCGAUGAAAUCUUGAAGAAUUCGGCAAAAAUUUCAGACAUUAGACAGGCUAUUCAAAUACAAAUUACAGAGACAUCUUUCAAAAUUGGCUUCAAAGCAAAUGAUCUGGAGGAGAAUACAAAGUCACAUGUAUUUUACAACAUUAUCUCCCUAACACAAAAAUUUUGUUUACAAAAAAUCUGCAGCAGUUUGUCAACAAGUUCUUUGAUCAAAGAUCAGGAAAAGGUCAAUAAAGAUAGCGUAUUUCCAUGCUGCUCUGAUGAUCAGGAAACAUUAUCCAAAGAUCAAUCUAAAAACGGUCAAACAGUAGAAUCCAGACUUCAUCAAAGUGAAAACAAAGGAAGUAGCAAAGAUGAACCAGUCACUGCUGUUGAAAUUGAUGCUCCGUCUCAGGCAACAGGAAAAAAAAGAAAACAUGCACAAGAUGAAGAGCUACUGUCUGGUAUAAAAAGACCAACAUUAUCAGCAGACAAAGUUUAUAACACAAAGACUGAUGAAAUUAUAGAAACACAGCAAUCAGAGCAACCAUUGGUAGGAAACCAUGUGAAUGAUAAUGAUGAAUCACAGGACACUAAUUUAGAUAUUACAGACGCUGAAUUACAUGAUUUAUUUAAUAGUAUAUCAAAUGUUUCACAAGAGGCCAACCUCGACACAUUGUCUAAUGAAGACGACUGUUUUAGUGAUCAUCAUCUAGAAUUAAUACUAACAGACAUGGUUGAUUAUGAAUCAGGCAAGAACUCAAAUACUGAAAAACUUUUAUCGGGAGGUCAGGACAUCUUGUGAUUUGUACAUACAUGUACAUUGUAUAUGAUAUAUAUUUAUUUAUAAUUUUUUUAUAAAGGUUUUGAAAAGAGAAUUUUACUCUUGACACCUAUAUUUACCAAAUUAUCCUGCAGAUUUAUCAAUUGUUAAAAUUAAUUUUGAAUUUUGGAUGAUCAAAUUCAUAAUAUUAACUUUACGCGUUUCCUUGAUAGAUUUAUUUUUCUCUCCUUAGUUAUAGUGCUCUAUCAAAAAUGUCUUUUGGUGAGCCUUUUUGUUGUCUUAUUGGCACUUAUACCACAUUUUCUUCUUUAUAAUUACAGUAUUCUACGAUUUUUUUUAGAAAUUGAAACAUCAAAUUGACCGAGAAAGAAUUCGUUAUUUGUAUAUCCAUUGCAGGAAGACAAAUGUUGCCAAAGAAUAAUGCUGUCUGUGCUUAGAGAGAACACAUGGUUUGAAAAAUUACAUUUCAACAAAUUUUAAACCUCGCACAGAUAGCUUAUUCUAGUGCAAAUAAGUUGUAGUCUGUUUCCCCUAAUAAAAUAUUUGACAGGGAAGAAACAUGAUAAAAUAAAUUGUCUAUUCAAAACCAGUGCCAGUGCUCAAAUUGUUAUUUCUGUUCCUUCCAGUUUCAUCAAUUAUACAUGUAGGCCAUUCAAAAAAAUAUUAGUUUCUUUGGUACCACUCAGAAACUUAAAUCAGAAAGUGAUAAUGUUAAGCAUUUUUUUUGCAUUUGAUCAUUAUUUAUUAAUAAGGUGAUAUAGUGAGACUCAAAAAAACAAAAUGAAUUAUUCCUUAUUUACUGCCUGCCACAUGUACUUAUCUCAUGUAAAUGUGUUUCAUUCAAAAUUUUUAUGCAUACAUACAUAUACAAAAUACAUGUUUUAUUAUUUAGAUAUUGGCCUGUAUAGAAACCUUACAUCAACUAUAUUUUUCACAAUGCACAAGCAAUGAAAUGAAUAUAUACAUGUAUUCAAAUUCAAAUUGCCAAAGAAACAAACAUUUUUUUGAAUGGCCUCAUCUAUACAAUCAUACAUACACUUGGCUACUGGUUCUUUCUUUAAGUUUUCUUUUUUUUUAUGGAAGCUGACUUUGGCAUGCAAAUAAAUAAUGACACCUGCAUGAUAAUGUAUCUACCUAGCAUGUCUAGGUGGCUUAGCCACAAAGUCCACACAUCACUAUUAUAAAGUGUCUUCUCUUACACAUUCUGGAGCAGGAAAGCCGAAAGGCUGAGUAUUUUUUCCUGAAGCUUUGAUAAUGAAAGAAAACUGACAGAGGGUCCGGUCCAGUAGCCAAAUGCAUGUAUCUGAAUACU